AUGUGGUGGUGGAGGCUGGUCGUCCUCGCAGUGGCGAUCUCAGCCGAAGAGGAACACUUUCUGGACGUGAAACAAAUUGUCAAGGGUACUAUUGAAGCCGUGGCAAAGUUGCCUAUGGCACAGCAGAACAACUCAAUCGAGGGACAGAAGGAUCCUGAAGAUUUCUACAGAUUGUUCCAAUUACCGGCUGACAUCAUGACCAAAUUGGCUGCCGAUGCUGGUUAUCUGGAUGCCCCACAGACGUCCACAACUGGGCCGUGGAUUGUCAGAAGGUGGGUGAUAACUCAAGUAAAGUCCUUGAUCAAAAAUGAGCUCCCUUAA